GCUGCCACCGGAACCGUGGGCUACCCCGGAAGAGAACGAGAUGCAGUCUAGCGGGGUCUGGAUGCUGGCUAGCCAAUUGCACGCUUAUGCCAUAGAAUUAAAUGAUAAGAAGCAAAUCAGAUCGUUCAUUGCCUCGUAUUCUAGGCGUCGAGUUGUACGAAGGGAUUCUACAGAGACUGACAAGGUUUAUCUGUCCAAGCUAACAGUGUUCCGAAUUCGGUUCACUUUGAAAUCAGUAAAGAACUUGCUCUCAGUGAAAAUUUAG